UCCAGUUUGUUUUAAUGCUGCAAGGCUUCUACAUCCAGGCGGAUAACUGGAAUAAUAAUAAUGAGGAAUGUAGCAUUUGCUCUUGGUAUACUCAGUGCACUCAUUGCUGCAAUAAUGGCAGAUAUUUCCGGCUGCGAUUAUUUUGAUACUGUCGACCUUACGAAUAGCCACAAAUUCGAGAAUGGAACAUAUCUAUACGAGGAUAUAUUAAUACCAAAGGAGAAAGUCGGCCUAUACGACUACCAGAUAUUGUUUAAUGGGGACCGCGAGCCGGUGCCCGAGCACACAAGAGGAUGUGCCUGCCAAAUCAAGUCGUGUGUGCGCUUUUGUUGUGAUCCUCAAAAGUUACUUGUUAAAGGAGAGGGGAUAUGUGAAGGCAAUAUUAAUUUAAACUAUAGCUCUAUUUUGAAUAUAACAAUGCAUGAUGGCGCAGAAGUAGAAAAGGAUGUUAUGGAAUUUAUUGUGCAAAAGCAUCUCCCUGUGCCUUGUAACGACCAUCUAAUGCUUAACGCCGCUGGAAACGAAAACCAUGGUUGGACUUUGUUUGAGAACGGUACUCUGGUCCGUCAUUUCGAUGGAGAGCACUUAUCUAAGCGUGACUAUUGCCUGCAACCAAUUCAUCGACCGAAUAGCCAGCUCCUCUAUGAACUACAACCUCACCAUUGCCUGCCACCAACUGAGAAGACCAACGCAUAUAUCCAGACGGUGUCGAUAUUCUGCCUGGCUAUUAUAAUUGUGGUAUACCUGUAUCUGCCGAAUUUUAAAUCAAUCCACGGAAAAUGUUGCACAUGUUACUUCACUUGCCUAACUGCCAGCUUCCUCAUGAUUGUUGUUGUAAGUUUUGGAUGGGUCGACAAAAAAUACAGUCUCAUAUGCUUUUUGAUAGGUUAUAGUGGCUAUUAUGCAAUCAUGGCAACAUUCUUGUGGCUUUUGUUGAUAAACUACAAUUUGUGGAAGACAUUUAACAACAUUGGAGUUGGCCGAAGGUCCCGAUUUAUGAAUUACAAUAUUUUUGUUUGGAGUGUUGCGGCCAUCUUUCUUAUGAUUACAUGCUUGGCUGAUUUCUUAUACGAAGUCGAUGAGAAUGAGGAGGAUCCAAAUAUGUUUAUAUUUAAACCUGGCGUUGGGCUUUAUUCGUGUUGGAUCAAUAUUUAUGAUGUGUCGGCUAUGAUCUAUUUUUAUGGCCCAAUAUUACUUUUGAUUGUAUGCAAUACAACAUUUUUUAUUAAAACUGCAAUGCGGAUAUUUGUGCAAAAUAAAAAUAACAAACGCCAGUUGAAAAAAACGGAAUGCCAGCAUAACUUAAGGAAUCUGACCAAUUUCGAAAUGUUUUUUCGUUUAUUCAUUAUUGUGGGCGUGAUCUGGUUUCUUGAAAUCAUUUCAUAUCUUUGUACACUUUUUAACGUAAAUUCAAUGUGGGUUAAUUUUGCUGAUAUGCUCACAUCUGGCCAAGGUGUCAUAUUGUUCGUAGUAACAAUCAUAAAAAAAGAUGUCUUAAAACCCAUUGCUGAACGAAUUGUAAAAAGGAAGUCCCGAACUGAUAUGUCACAUACGUCAACAUCUACUCCACUAACUGAAAUUUGUUUGCUGCCAAAAACUGAGAGAACGUCUUCAGAGCGAGCACAAUAGAUAAGCAACAAAAUGUGGUUAUGUUUCUAAGACCCAGAAGAGCAUUUGAAAGGUUGUCGGCUUAAAUUUAAGAAUAUAGUACAUACCCCAUAGAUGGUAUUGACAUUUAAGCGAUAGGUUUAAAUUUUGUAACUAUUGCCCAUACAAAAGCUUAAUAAAAAACAAAAUAUAAAUGCUUGAAAAGC